UUUUUGUUAAAUACAUGAUAGGAGGCAUGAAAUUAACUUUUGCAGCACAAUGCGGCAAAACGGCGUCUCUCUGCAGCUGAUCGGACGUUUUAAUCACUGACUUCUCCCGAAUCUCGACAUAAACACCUCUUCCCUGGAACAUGCUGGUCAAGGCCUAUUUGUGGCUGAGCAAACUCUGCCAAGUUCUCCUGAUUGGAUUCACUUAAUUAAAGCACCACCCCACAUAAACAAACAACUGGAUUUUACAAAGAAAAAAACACCUGGCCCCCAAACAGGAAGUAGAACCAUGACUGUUCCCUGUACGGACCAAUAGGAAGCGUUCUGAACUGAACAUGUGGGAAAGCGGGGGGCCUUCCUUCUCAACCGCCUCCCCCCUCCUUUGGCUCCUCCUGUUCUCUGGAAUAUUCCUGGGCACUACGCCGGCACGGGCCUGCCCCAAGAGCUGCCACUGCGUGGAGAAGAGCGGCCUGACCGCCGUGCAGUGCACCUCGCGCAACCUGGACCGCAUCCCGCCGGACCUGCCCCGCGACACGGCCGUGCUCCUGCUGUCCUCCAACCACAUCACCUCCAUCCCCAGCCAGGCCUUCAAGGACCUGCACCACCUGCAGGAGCUGGACCUGUCCAACAACAACAUCGACACGGUGGACGCCGGGGCCUUCCAGGGCGUGGCCGACAGCCUGGACUCGCUGGACCUCUCCCACAACCGGCUGAGCCACGUGCCCCGGGAGGCCUUCGCCCGCCUGCAGGCCAAGAUCAGCCUGUCGGACAACCCCUGGCACUGCGAGUGUGCGCUGCAGGAGGUUCUGCGGGAGCUGCGGCUGGACCCCGAGACGGUCAACGAGGUCAUGUGCACCACGGCGGUGCAGGAGGAGCACGCCGGAAAGCCUGUGAUCCAGGUGCUGGACUCCGGGGUGAACCUGUGCAACUUCCACCACAAGACCACCGACGUGGCCAUGUUCGUCACCAUGUUCGGCUGGUUCGCCAUGGUCAUCGGCUACGUCAUCUACUACGUGCGACACAACCAGGAGGACGCGCGGCGCCACCUGGAGUACCUCAAGUCCCUGCCCAGCAGCACCCAGCUCAGCAAGGACCUGGACACCAUCAGCACCGUGCUAUAGCAUCCAGCGGACUCGGGGGAGUGGGAGAUAGUGCAUGUGUUUGCGUGUGGGUGUGGGUGCUUGUGUAUUUUGGAGAAAGAGGGAGUGUGUGUGUGUGAGUGAAAGAGUAUGUGUGUGUGUUUGUAAGACUGAGAGAGUGUGUGCAUGUGUGUAAGAGAGAUAGAGAGUGAGAGUGUGUGUAUUUGUGUAAAGGAGACAGAGAGACAAAACAAGAAUGAUAGAGAGACAAUGACGGACAAAGUGGAAGAGUGACGCAGGCUUCAUUGUUAUAGGUUUUGAGUCGGUGUUAAUAGACGUAGAAAAUGAAAUGGCUAAACAUGUAGGGAGUGCACAAUUUUUGAACAUCCUUUGAUAUUGUUUUUAUGAAUUUUGUAAAUACAGUUUCACUGCCAAUCGUUACUCAGUGUGAUGGGGUGGGAUUAAAGCACAAAUGAAGCGAAUCGAAUCAGAACUCGAAAAUUGAAAAGACUUUAAAGGAUUGUAGUUUAAGUUCUGUCAAACAAAAAAGCCUCUCUGCUGACCACAGUGUUUUCUCCUGACUACGAAUUGAGAACGACACAGAUACACUCAUAAAGGCACACAUUUUUGUACAUA